AUGGAUGCAGAAGUAAUAGAACUUUCUUCGUCUUCUGACCUAUCAGAUAUAGAAGAUGAUGCAGUUGAAGAGGUUAUCACUACUUCUUCACUGCCUAUAAGAAGAAGACGACUAGUACGUCGGGCUCAGGCUCAAUCCCAAAACAGUUCUCCUACAACCCAUUCGCAUACACCAGUUGAAACGGUUGACUCAGACGUGGAAAAUGAGGAUGAAGAUUAUGAUGAUGACGAUGAUGACGAUUUGGAGAUAUUGGAGUUUAGAAAGAAUACAGAGUCUUUAAUCUCCCAUAAGCAUCAACAGCAAGUUGAAAAACUUAAUCAAGUCACUUGUCCUAUUUGCUUUGAGUCCCCUAACUUCCCAACAGUGACUUCCUGUGGUCAUUUGUUCUGUUUAGAGUGUAUCAAACAAUCCAUCUCAUCAUCUGCUGCAAGAGGACAAGUUUCCAGUGGGUCCCAUGGUGCUGGGCUUUGUCCUCUUUGUCGGAAACGAGUUGUGUUCAGAGACACGGUUGUUUUACGCUUAUGUACCAAAGGAGUCUCUGAAGUUCCUCCGGUCCCAUCAUAG